AUGGCUGUCCGACCUGGAGAUUUCAAGCCUUAUCGUUCUUUGAAGGAAUGCGAUGAGAUUCUCACUGCUCCAGGCUCCAUGUUCGAGAUCCAGCAGACUCUUAUCAGAGGCGUGAUGACCAAAGUGUUUAAGAACGCUCCCAAGAACGCGCGACUCUUCUUGCUGUGGUUAGCAAACACCUAUGCGGACCGUGAUUUCAUCGUGUUCGAAAACGAGCGAUGGACGUAUGCUCAGAUGUUAAGAGGAGCGUCUCAUGCUGCUGGAGUCUUUAGAGAUGUGUAUGGCGUGCAUAAAGGUGAUCGAGUCGGGAUCGUUAUGAGGAACUUCCCCGAGUUCCUUAUCAGCUUCUUCGCGUGUCAACUUUUGGGUGCCGUUCCGGUCCUGGUCAACGCUUGGCUAUCGGGGAAAACAAUUUCGUAUUGCCUAACACACACGCAAUGCAAGCUGAUCAUUUUGGACUCUGAACGUGCGGAUCGAUUCGAACGGCACCUUGAAUCCACCCGCAUAGAGGCAAGGGCGAGUGGUACGUUGGUCGUUAGGGCUCAUGAAGGCAGAGGAAGCUGGGAAGGGACUAGAAAUUGGGAGGCGGUGAUGAAGAAGUAUGCUGGGAAGGGAGAAGAGAAGAGUUGGUUGAGGGAACCGGAGUGCGAACCUGAAGAUAAUGGAUAUAUUUUCUUUACAAGUGGAACGACUGGCACGCCGAAGGGCGUACUAGGCUCUCAAAGAGCACUCAUCUCGGCAGCGUUCAAUCCUCCUUCUAUUUUCCUGCGGCAGAUCUUGCGAGAGAACGAACCGGCAACCAUCACGCCCCCAGAGAAACAACGUGCAACCCUUAUCAGUGUUCCGUUGUUCCAUGUUACCGGACUUUGUGCUAGUGUUAUGGCAGGAGCUCUCGUAGGGGGUAAACUGGUUCUGAUGAGGAAAUGGGAUCCUGAGAUUGCCGUUGACCUGAUCGUGAAAGAGCGGAUCACCCUUGCUGGAGGCGUCCCAUCCGUUGCCGUGGACCUUCUCGAAUCUGAAAAGUUCAGGAAUAGUGAGCAUGAAUUGGAAAGUAUUGCCUAUGGCGGUGCUUCUGCUCCACCUCAGCUCCCGAAGAAACUUUCCAAGCUUCGUUCACCUGUUAUGAAUGGACAAGGGUACGGACUUACUGAGACGGCUGCUGCAAUUGUGGGCGUUCUUGGUCAAGACUCGUUUACGCGACCGACGACCGCUGGAUACCCGAGCGUUGUCAGUGAUAUCCUUAUCGUAGACCCUCGUACAAAGACAUCUGUCCCCAUCGGACAAGCGGGAGAAGUUUGGUUAAAAGGACCCACCGUCAUGACUGGGUAUUGGAAGAAUUCGGAAGCAACGAAGAAGGUUUUGACGCAAGACGGCUGGUUCAACUCGGAAGACAUCGGCUAUCUUGAUAAUGACGGCUUCCUAUACAUUUCAGGACGAGGUUCGCGGCUUCUACUCUUCUUUGAGGUUGUCGAGGAACCUUCUGAUUUAUUCUUCCCGUUAUCUAUCUGCAGCAAAAGACAUAAUUAUUCGGGGGGAGAGAAUAUCGAUGUUGUUGCAGUCGAGAAUGCUUUGUAUGACGAUGAGAGGGUGUUACAGGCAGUCGUCGUUGGCGUUCCGGAUUCGAGAUUAGGUGAACUGCCGGUGGCUAUCGUUCAUCUCAAGGCCGGGAGAACCGCCACGGAGGGAGAGUUGAUUGCUCUGACCAAAGAGAAAUGUCCCGCAUUCGCAGCACCGGUUAUGGUAAUUUUUGUGGACAAACCUUUGGAGGCGAAUGCUGGCGGGAAGGUACCCAAGAUUGGACCUCGUGCUUUGGCGAAGGAGGAGUGGGCUAGGAGAAAGGCUGGGGCGAAAGUCAAAGCGAAUGCACGGCUCUAG